AUGAAGAUUCCCUAUAAUCGCGUACACGCCCACGGCGAUGUCCUCCUGGCCGCACGCGGAGGCAAGAUUCACACCUUUGGCCUGCUGGACGGCAAACACAUCUCAACAUGGCAGCACCCGGACGUGCUCACCACCCCUCUCAGCACCGCCGAGGCCACGUCCGAAGCAAAGGGUGCGUCUUCGCCUGCGCCCGUGGAAGCUGUCGAGAGCAGGGAGGCCGACGGAGAUGAGCCGCCAGCCAAGCGGCAGCGACUGGAAAACGGGGAGGACGGUACUCAGGGUGAUGGCGAGGGCAAAGGCAAGGCGAAGGGGAAGAAGAAGGGCAAAAAGGCCAAGCCCGAGGGUCAGCCUCACCAGGUCGCGCGCGCCCCUGAACGGCCCGUCAUCACGCAAGUGACAACCACGGCCGAUGGCCGUCAUGUCCUGGCCGUGUCCGGGCACGACAAGGUCAUCUGGGUCUUUGAGCACGACGGCCAGGGCGGACUGAGGCAGAUCAGUCAAAGAACAAUGCCCAAGCGUCCCAGCGCCGUGACCAUAGCCGCAGAUUCUCAAAUCAUCAGCGCCGACAAGUUCGGCGACGUCUACACCCUUCCUCUCCUCCCGGCCCCCCAAUCACCCUCAUCCGCAGCCCUUCGUUCAUCCACGCCGAAUCCCCUCGCCAAGCCCGCGGCAUUGGCAGCCAACACGCUUGUCGUCCACUCAAAGCGCAACCUGGAAGCUCUCAGGCAUCAGAAGAAGCAGCUCGAGCUUCGGGGUGAAAAGGCCGCCGACGCAGUCAAGGAGGGCCCCAGCUUUGAACUAACGCUUCUGCUGGGUCACGUCUCCAUGCUCACCUCCCUGGCUCUCGGUGAGAGCGAGGGCUGCAGGUACAUCCUGUCCAGCGAUCGCGACGAACACAUUCGCGUGUCUCGGUACAUUCCGCAGGCGCACGUCAUUGAGGGAUUCUGCUUAGGCCACAAAGAGUUUGUUAGCGAGCUGGUUAUUCCGCCCUCACGGGGUGAGGUCCUCGUCUCGGGGGGCGGUGAUGAAGAGCUGUUUGUGUGGGACUGGAAAGCCGGCAAACUGCUUUCCAAGACGAGCGUUGUGUCUGUUGCGCAGAAAAUCGCCCCUGAAACCGCCAAGGUGGCCGUCUCUGGCCUGCACUCCCUUCUUUAUCCCUCCGAGUCGGGGAGCCUCACCUACAUCCUGGCCAUUUGCGAAGGCAUCAAAGCCAUCUUCUCGUGGCAACUCACCGAUCACAACACCCUCAACCGCCCAGGCGUGAUCCAACUCCCCGCCGCACCUCUCCACCUCUUCAUUUCUGCCUCUGAAAACGCACCGCCAAAGCUCAUCGUCGCCAUGGACCCCGGCGAGUCAUCAGUCAAGAGCCUGCAUGCCAUGAUUCUCACCGCGAGCAACGGGAGGCUGUCCGUGGACACGGAGUCCUCUUUCCGGGAUGAGGGGCUCGAGGCGGACGAGGCGGACGCGUCUGAAAGUGAGAUACGGCGGCUUCUGUAUACCGUUGAGAGCUUGAGGAAACAGACCAGUGGCGGCGAGGACGAGGGGGCUGCAGACGCCGAGGUGGGCGCGGAGAUGGAGGCUGACGAGGCUCCUGCCGCCGAUGACUAG